AUGCAUGGAUGGCGAGUCCCAUUACCAGAUCCGUGCAACUGCAGGGGCGAGCAAGCAGACGUAAGUACGCAAACAACUCUCCGCGUCGGGGGGAACUCUCAUGCCCGCAUGAACGUCAUCGUUCGCGAGACUCGUGUCAAACAAAGGGUGACUCGGAAUCGACCUAUAGCAACGCGACGGGCACGUCAAAAAGGGUACAUGAGAGAGGCAGCUUCGACACGAAAUCUGGGCACCAAUCCCGACGUGCAGCAAAGCACAAAAAACCCCGGUCAAUUAUCAAACAUCCGCCAAGCGUUCUGGCGUCCGUCCACGACGAUCUACUGUCAAGUGCCGUGCGGGCUUGCAGAUUUGCAAACUGACAAACGCCCUUCGUCUCGCCGCUGCUGUUGGUUGGGCGAGUUUUUGGCUAAGCCACGCUUGGAUGGUGACUGGGAAGCUGGGUUUGUGUGUAUUGCCUUCUGGGUAAACCGGAGCCCUGCUAUGCAUGGUAUAAUUGGGAUUUUCUUAAAAUAUCCACUAGUAAGGCUCCUUUGUCCGGGUGUAGCUGCUGUCUAG